AUGCAGGCCAUUGCUUCACUGGCCGCGAGCAACAGCCCCGCGAGUUCCGUCGUGAGUUCCAAAGGUUGCUGUGGGGACAGUGGACAGAGCACUGAAGCAGACAGUCAGACCUUGCUGAUGGAGAUUGACGGCAACACCCUGCGAUAUCAACGAACAAGGAUGGAGACAAGACUCUUUCACGGGCAUCGUCGAACUCGACGUUGUGUAUCGACCUGGAAGUUGCUCGAGCUGAGAAUCACGUUGGUGCGCUUGCUAGAAGCCAUAGUCGUUGGAGCUUCUCUAGCUCCGACGGCAAUUCGAGUCCUGGGAGACAUGCACCUCCAGACCCAACAGUCCACGGGAUGUGCCAUGGAGUGUGCAAUUCCAAGAACUUUUUGCUGUCCCUCAGCUGAACUGAGGUUUUUGACUGCCGGAGUGACGCAGAGCAAGUUCUGUCAGAUGGAAAUGCGCUGGGCGAUUCAGGCGGACAAGAACAUUAUCAUGGUGUCUGAAACAGAUGAACGACACGGGAAGCCGGAUGUGGCAGAGUUGAUUGAGAAGUGUCCGGAGGAUUUGAAGUAUCUUUUUGAAGACCAUGUGGUGAUUCCUUGGCACCGCGACCCGGAGCUUCAAUCUGUGUGCGUUACCAAGAUCCUGAAGAAGUGUCUCUUGGAAAAUGGGGAGUCGCCUGAAAAAAUGAAAACCACGGCUGGCAACUCCACCAUUUACCCUGGUAAACGUUUACAUAACUAUGGAAAAUCACCAUGCUAUUAA